AUAUUUCAACACUUUUGUUGGGGAAAUCCACGGAGCUAUAUCUAACGUAGUKUGUSUGGUUAAUUGUUAGAUUUAAGGUCCCUUCGAAUUGUGAACAAUUUYCAUCGAUAACUAUUGUUCAACGCCGUAAAUAAAAUCUGCUUUCCCUUCGUACGCAUGAGUGACUGGCAUGGUUUAGUCUGAUGAAAGUUGGCUUUUAGAAAACAAAUUAAUGCAUGAUUGAAUUGUUUAACCACCAAAUCGUAGAGGUGCUCUCAGAGUCGCAGAAAAUGGAAGCUGAUCCAUUAUAAGUAAUGUAUAUUUACAUCCACAAGUUUUUCAUCUGUGUCUUGUUUUGAUUGGUCGAGAGGCGAUGUGACCGAAUUUUGAACAGACCUCGAGGUUCGAACUAGCCAAAGCGUCUUCUUUAUUUUUCAAUAGUGUUUAUGUUGAAGACGCCAUGGAGGCUGAACCUGAAMCAGAGCCUGUGAUGGAUGACAUAGUUCCUGAACAAGAAAUGAAGGCAAUUGAGAAUAGUUCAAAAGAUGAGAGAACUGUACAAAAUGAUGAAAAAAUUACUCAACAAUCAACAGUUGAAUCCAUCGAUAAUUUGAGCAUGGAGAAUGUGCAAGAUAAUCAUGUUGUACAGGUUCCUUCUCCAGCUCCUYUACCCUUACCACCACCACCACCACUUCCAACCAUAUCAUUACCUCCUCAAUCAGCAACACCACCCCCACUUCCACCACUACUACCGCCGGCACAUCCUGAUCUACUGAUUCUGGAUGAUGACACAAUGCACACUGAUAUUAUUGGUGAUCAAAAAGAAGAAAAUGCCAUUGARGAGAUGCUUCAAGAUAAUAUGGAAGUUGAUAAAACACAAGAUAAUGACGAUGGUCUAUCAGCUAUGGAUGACCUUGAUAAUGAUAUCCCAGACAAUUUGUACUCGAUUGAUGACUUGGUUGAUGCACAGAMUGAUGAAAUGAAAGAUGGUGCUGAUGUUGAUGGAGAACACAAACUGAUACGAGCAAGGCCUGUUAAUACAACAGAGUUGGGGUGUUGUGAAUAUUGUGGUGGUCCUGUGAAAAAACGAAGAAUUUCUUCACCAUUGAAAAAAUUCUGUUCCAAAGCAUGUGCUAGAAAYUUUAGAAAAGCAAAGAGAGAGGAUGAAAGUGAUGYACAAUCAGAAGAUGUUGUUUCAGGAGGAUCAUCAGGAGCAACUAUUAAUGAGGGUGACCACAAAAUGACAUGGGAUGAUUACCUACAAGCAGCAUCAAACAAAGCAGCUCCUGAAACUUGCUUUAAACAUAUAACCACAGAUGUUCCUGGUCUGAAACCUGGAAUGAAGCUUGAAGCAGUAGACAGAAACAAUCCACCAUCAUACUGCGUUGCUACUGUUAUCAAAUGUGUUGGACAUCGAGUGUGCAUCAGGUAUGAUGGGUAUGGCAGUGACAGCACCAAUGACAUGUGGUGUAAUUACCAGGCAGAAGAACUCCAUCCAAUUGGCUGGUGUGCACAAAAUGGCUACCCGUUGCAACCUCCAAAAGGUGUAAACAGCAGUUUGGAAGCAUGGAGGACUUUUCUAACCCAAACACUCACUGGUGCCUUGGCAGCUCCUCAGGAUCUCUUCAAAAAGUCCCAGGAGCAUUUCCAACCAAGAGUACAUGGUUUUGAGGUUGGAAUGAAGCUGGAAGCUAUCCAUCCACUUCGUCCAUCUAUAAUCUGUCCAGCUACUGUUACCAAGAGCCUUGGGCCCUAUUACUUUGCUGUUACCCCUGACUACCAACAUGAUCUUCCCCCAACAACAUUCUGUUGCCAUAGUGACUCACCUGGGAUUUUCCCAAUUGGCUGGUGCUAUCGCAAUGGAAUUGAACUCACAUACCCAGCUAAUUACUCUAAGAAGACAUUCUCCUGGCCGAAGUAUUUAUCUAUCUGUAGAGCCACAGCAGCGCCAUCACAACUGUUCAAGAAGGUGAAAGCACACAAGUUCAGAGUUGGCAUGAAAGUAGAGGCUGUAGAUUUAGAGCAGCCAGCAGUAAUAUGUGUGGCUACAAUAACCAAUGUCAUCGGAAGGCUAUUGUUUCUUUUCUUUGAUGGCCAAUCAAGAUUCCAAUUCGUUGAUGUUGAAUCGCCGGACAUUUACACUAUUGGUUGGUGUAAAAGAACUGGACACCCUUUGGUAACACCAUUUGGAGUCAUGCCAUCAAAUUAUGACUCAAAAACAAAGGUUGCCGAAACUGAAAUCCUUUAUCUACCAUCAUUUGACGAAGUGAUGGGCAGACAGGCUCCGACAAUGCCUAGUUCAGCUCUUACAAUUCUCCCAAGAAAGCCAAGUACCAGAAAUGAACCAGACAAGGAAAAGGAAAAAGAGAAAGAGAAGGAUGACCAAAAGGGAGGAAUGGAGUCCGAGGAAAAGUCUGGCGAUAGUGAUAUUAGCGAAGAUGAUUGCCUAGCCUCGGAACGUUUUUAUCACAACAAAAAUCAGAUAUUCUUCAAUAAAGGUUGUUGCAUUGGUCCCUUACUAAACCCAGAACAAGUUAAACUCUUGCCAGAUGCAACACCGCCCGGCAAAGUGAGCACUGUAAUACGAACAGGCCUUGAAAUGGUAGCCCAAGCCGCCUUGGAUCCAGAGAAAGUGAUUGAUUUGAUGCAAGAAGGAUGCGGUGUUCGCGUCACAAUAAAGCACCAAGGAAAACUAUUAAAAAAGGCGAUAUCCAGAGUCGACUCAAGGCCUAAAUUAGAAAGAUACCUAAAGCGUUUUUGCAGAAGGCUGAUCUGUUGUGAAUAUUUCUUAAGUCUAAAACCAGUUGGCCAGCCAUGCCCGGACCAGUGUAAAUCAGACGAUCAAGGAAAUUUGCAAGGGCCUAAAGGACUCAAAGCAAAGCGUUCCCGAGAGUAUUUCGAAGUUAAACAUCUUGGUUUUGAGAAGAAGAAACGUGGCCGUAGAAGACGUAAAACAGAGAUUCUUGGAAUUGGCCCUUCGCAACAAGGAGCGGUUAUGAAGACGGCGUCUUCAGAAAAUGGCACUCCAGUACCUGCCACGUCUGUCCUUCCAUCCACUGUCAGAAAUAGACAGCUCGCCCCGGCAUAUCAUAUUCAACCCAAUGGAAGUACGGUAAAUAGACCUGCUGUUGCAACCGCAGCACUUCCAGGUGUCCAAGCCCCUGUAGUCCGCUAUCAAGGCCCUGGUAACGUAGCUGUAGUUAGGCCAAACACCAAUCUACAACUUCCUGUUCGUUCACAUGGCAAUCCUGCCAUUGCUCCAGCACAGACUCCUCAAUUAGUGAUUGGCUCACUCCACGCAAACGCACCAAUAGCAAAGCAGGAUGGAUUACUAGCAAACGGACGCACGCUAAUCAUGACAUCAUCUGGUACAACAAAACCACGGAUAGUGACAAAUGUCUCCAGCCAGCGAUUUGCUACAAGCUCCAGCGGAGGUGGGACUACCAUAACAUUUGGUCGAGCCCCACCCAACGUAACCGUCUGCUCAUCGCUCACACCACCUCCACUGACAAGAAUUUCAGAUACGGUGGAGAGCAUUAGCGCCGAGUUAGGAAGUGGUAAUGCAGCAAUUGCACCGAGUCCAAAGUCUAUCGUUGGAAAUUUUAAUCUGGCGCCUUCUUCCCACUUGAAUUCUUCCCGUGGGCCUCCUAAUGUGGUGGUCUCGUCUGUCUCUCAGGCAAUGGCGAUGUCAGGGGGAAUAGCUCAAGUUUCCGAGUCGACAUCAAGUCAGUACACCUCUGGUGGUAAUACAGUCGGAGGCGUCGUUCGCGCUCCAAUCGUUAUCCCACCGCAAGUCAAACAGGAAACCCCUCCACCUCCCCCUUUAGUCCACGCCUCGAAAGUGUCUAGUGGUGUCCGAAUGGUUGGACCAGGUACUGUGGUGGCAUCCACCAAAGUAAGCCUUGCACCGUCAUCCUUUAGUCAAGUCCGGAGCUUUUCGCAGAGAUCGUUCAAUAGCCCAAAUGGACAACCCAUGUACAAACUUGCAAGUAAUACUUUAAACUCACAAARUCCCCCUAAACGGACUGUUUUCAUUCGCCCUGGAAAUGUUAAGAGUGAUAACUCGAUUAGCACUAGUCAUAAACAUAUCAUGUCAAGCUAUGCAAGUCUUUCUCCACGCAUCUCACCAAAGCCGCCUUCAAUGAAUCAGGGGGGUGCAGGAAAUGAAUCUUCCAAAGUUACAAUCACAAGACAUUCAACACCAAUGUUCCAGACGCUUGGCCAAAAGACUAGGCCCAUAAUUCCCGCCAAAAGACAAGCCAUCCAGACCAUCCACCAUAACCCCUCUUCCUCUCAAGAAACAACCUCGUUUCCUUCGCACACUGUGUCGACUGCUGUCAAACCGUCACAAACCGUACAAAGUGGAACGCUGGAGAAAGUCAGAGCUGGUAUAAAAUCCAAAUCAAUACACUUGGAACACAAAGUGAAUAAUAAAGAUACACACCUAAUUAAACAGGAAAAGAAYAAAGAUUCGCAUUACGCUGGUAUGGACCAUGAGAAACCCGAUGAAGACGAACACUUCGAAAAGAUGAUCGGGGAAGCACCAAAAACGAAAAGAAACUUAUGGUGGCUUAAUAAGAAGAGAAGAAGAAAGCGUUCUCGUCUUACGUACAUGAAGCCGUCAAAGUGUCGCAAGAAUGAGGAUGGAAAUGAAGCAGUGAGCGAUGAAUUUUACCUGUCAGAAGAUGACAUGGAAGACCCUGCAUUGCUUGAAGAGUAUUUAGAUUACCCUGACAGACCUAAACGAGGGAGGAUCAAYGAACUGAAUGAUUUUGUUAUGAGACUUGAGGACGAGGAGGUUUUAGGCAUGGCCGACGAACAKGAUCCUGACUGGGAUGAAAGCAUGGAAGGCAAAAAAGUGAAGCCGCAAGUGAAACCAAAACGCAAAGGAUUUGGACGGCCGCGUAAAGAUGGGGGAUCCGAAUUGUCGUCUCCAACUCUUUCCAACCCACCUUCUCCUUUACUGCCCUCACCAUCGAAUACACAGAACAGUUCGUACGCCCGUCGAACUAAUAUCAAACAGCUACUACCGACAGACUCGAAAUCGCACGUUAUAAAGCUGGAACCGGCCCCACCCCGUCGACCUUUGAGCGUUUCGAUUGACAACGAUGAAGGCGUGUCUUUCAAAGGAAAACAUGCUCAGUCUAAUUCUUACUCUACUGAAGAUGGAUAUUCUUCACGACAGCCAUUCAAAUCAACGUCGUCCCACGCGUCGCCAAUCAGCCCGAAGUCUCCUUCAUUAAAACGAAGACGUCUGGUGGACGUUGGAGUGAACACUUCAUUGCCAGGGUGUGUGAAUGGCCGAUCACCUGACCUGCCAAGCAAUCCUUUGUCGUGGUCUGUUGAUCAGGUCAUUCGGUAUGUUCGUUCCACCGACUGUGGCCAUUAUGCGGUUAUUUUCAAGGAGGAGGAAAUCGACGGUCAGGCACUCCUUAUGUUGUCACGUGAUGCCCUGAUGCAGUUCACACCGAUGAAACUUGGCCCCACCCUGAAAAUGUGCAGCUAUAUAUCACAGUUAAGACUCAGAGCCAAAUAGGACGAUAAGCCAAAUUUUCACGAGAAACGCGACUACAUACAUAGAAUUUCAUUGGAACUAUGACUAAUGAGACGGACUAUCUUUGUGUCUGGAAUAGAUCAAACAUCUAGUCUAAGACUUUGCGCAAAUAUCGUUUUUUUGUCAUUAAUCCUAAACUUCGGAAUUCAUGAAACACGACUCCUAUUGAACUCCUAGUUUCUGUAAGUUGUCUUUAUACAAACGUUACCAUAAAUUGGUAUGAGAAAUAAGUGUAUGAUUGCUAAUUUGUUAAAUAAACAGCUUUUGUUAGAAGAUAAUAAAUCAAUCUUUAUAACAAAGUAUUGUGGUUGUYCAUGAUUCAAUAAAAAGGUUGUUGGUGUCA